AUGCAAACCUAUCGUAUUGGAAUUCUACGGAUUUAUCUCAUCCUUAUGUAGAUCAUGAAAUUACCACCACACCAGAUAAAAAAAUGAAAAUUUAUUAUCUGAGUAACUUUAUAAUUAAUUCUGUCUCAUAUCAAGGUACUUCAUAUCAAAGUAAUUUUGGAAAUGACAAAUUUAAUUCUUAUAGUGGUAUAGUAGGCAAUGCCACCAUUAAUAACACGAAUAGGUCUAUUAUUCCCCUCGUUAUUCCUGUUGCCACCGCCAAUAAUGAAGCAUCGAUACCAAAUUGUUAUUUAAAUAAUGUAAUAAACUUUCCCUUUACCAAAAUUGAUAUAAACACAUCAACAUCUAAUUCCGUUGAGGUCAGAGGUAACUUAAAUGCCACCUUUAAUAUUCGUCCUAAUCUUCAAAUAUAUGUGUGUGACUAUGCUACGAACAAUAAAGUUUCUUAUGAUUGGGCUCAGCAAUUCAGUGUGAUAGCUCUUAUCUUUAUUUCUAUAUUGGAAUUGCUUAAAGCUGUUCUCUUAAUUCAAUGGUCAUGUUUAUAUAUGGCUAAACAAUACAGUCUUAUAGCAUUUUCAAGUUAUUCACCUAUUAUACUUGUCUUUUUAUUCUAUGGAUUUAUAAAGUGCCAACCUGGAGUAUUUGUCGGCAUACAUAAAAUUAUUUUAGCUACCAGGGAUUUUAAAGAUGCUGAAUUUUUUCAACUUUUUGGUGACUUAUUAUUACAUUCAUUACCCAUGUUAACGUUAUCAAUUCAGAACAUUAUAUAUAAUUACAAUGAAAAUCAUCAGUAUCCUUCAACAAUUUCUAUUCUAUCUUUUGUGGACUGUGGAUUUAAUAUUAUUCCUCUAGUUUUUAUAAUUUCUCUGGCUGUUCAAGGAUUUAAAAUCGCCUUAAUUUUUAUAAUUCCACUUUUGGUUAUCUUUGCCAAACUAUUAGUUUGUUUUUCUCAAUUUUUUACUUCUCGUUUCCGAAAACCAUUGAAAUCUCCAUUAGUUUUUUCUAUGGCAAUGAAUAGUCCAUUCCUCCUCUUUUGCAUUAUCUCUUCACCUAUCCGACAAUUGGUAAUCAUAACAGCUUCUAGUGGCGUCACUAUCUGGUCAUGUUGGCCAUUAGAUUUCGUGGCUAUUGAUAUUCCAAUUGCAGUGACAAUAAUUCUUAUGAAUAUAUCCGUAUGGAGAAUUAUUUCAGGUUGCUGGUAUUUAAGUAUUAGUUUAUCGGUUAGAACUAAAGAAAACAAUACUCAUAAUCAGUCAACUGAAGAAAUUGAUCAACAUUCUUUUUUUGAUUCAUUCAAACGAAGAUCUCCAAUUCAUGGAAUACCCAUAUAUACUUUAUUUAAACUAUUCAUUUGUCCAGAUCCAACAAUUUACGUUGUAGUAUCACCCAAGAUUCUUAUGGUACUUGGUUUAGUAAUUUUUCUUAGCCUUGACUUCAUUGGUUCAUUGGCACUAUUAAUUUCAUAUUAUAGCCCAUUUUCUAUUCAAGCUCUGGCAUUAUACCUCAAUUCACCAUUCCUUGUGUUUCUUUUACUUCAUCCUCAAUUCCGUGCAAAAAUUAUUGCUGCUGUAAAACUUGAUAAGCAUAAAUUACUUGUUUGGAAAUUACGUGAUUUAGUGUUAAUCAGUUCAUUGCUUCUCAUAUGGCCCGGAUUAGGGUUUGGAUAUAUGCCGUAUAAUAAUCAUGACAAAUAUACAUGGUGGUUAUGGUAUGGUUGGUUUUUUGAUAAAACGCUCAAAUCAAGUCAAUCGAGUAGCACAACUUAUGAAGGUUACUGGAGUCUUUGUGGUUUUCUAUGCACUAUAUUGUUAUUAAUUUAUUGUGAAAGAUCAAUUUUGUUAAAUACAAUGCCAUCUGAUACGGUUGAAUAA